UGUUUGAAUUUCAUUUCCUGUUUGCCCAGCGUGGAGAGUACAGGUGACCACGCAGAGCUCAUCAGCACAGGUAACCGUGAUGGAGUCCCAAGAUCGCAAAAGAGCUCCAUCAUGGACCGAACUGGAGGUACGGGAUCUGCUCGCCAUAUGGGGAGAUGAAUCAGUGCUAGCUGAACUCCAUAGCAGUAAACGAAAUGGCAAAAUAUUAGAAAAGGUCUCCAAGGCCAUGAAGGACAGAGGCCAUAACAGGGACGCACAGCAGUGCCGCGUGAAAAUUAAGGAGCUACGGCAAGCCUCCCACAAAGCCAGAGAAGCAAACGGAAGGUCCGGGGCAGAGCCGCAAACUUGCCGCUUCUACGCGGAUCUGCAUGCCAUUCUAGGGGGUGCAGCCACCACUACCCCAACCGUGUGCUAUGACUCCUUCACUGGAGAAACACACAGGGAAGAGGGUUCGGGGUACGAGGAAGAUAGCUAACAGCAGCAAGGAAGCGGAGAAACCGGUUUCCCCAACAGCCAGGAUAUGUUUGUCACCCUGGACCUGGAACCAGUAAUCCCUGAACUCACCCAAGACCCUGAGGGCACACAGGGGACCUCUGCUGCAAAUGUUUCUCCUUCACAGCAGCUAGUGAACAUUAGAAAGAGAAAAUGGAGGACGCGGGACGAUAUGUUCACGGAGCUGCAGAUGUCCUCCCACGCUGAUAGAGCACAGCAGAAUGUGUGGAGGCAAUCCGUGUCGGACUACAGAAAAGCACAAUAUGAACGAGAGGAGAGGUGGUGGGCUGAAUCGCGGGAUGAGCAGAGCAAGUUGCGGGCUGAAGAUGAUAGGUGCCGUCAGCUUACAGACAGAAGGCAAGAGUCAAUGCUCCGGCUGCUGGAGCAUCAAACUGAUAUGCUCCAGCAUAUGGUUGAGCUGCAGGAAAGGCAGCAGGAGCAGAGACCGCCGCUACAGCCACUGUAUAACCAACAGCCCUCCUCCCCAAGUUCCAUAGCUUCCUCACCCAGACGCCCAAGAACACGGUGGGGGGGCCUCCGGCCACCCAGUCACUCCACCCCAGAUGAUUGCCAGAACAUCAGAAGGCUGGCCUUCAAUAAGAGUUAAAGUUUUAAAAUGCAGUGUGUCCUUUUCCUUCCCUCCUCCCCCACCCAUCCUGGGCUACCUUGGCAA